AACGAUUCUACAAUGGCUCAAAAACUCCAAAUAAACCAACAAAUAGCCGAAAAACGCAAAAAGCACAACUUUGAAUUCGUACGGCGCCGGUGAGCCAUAGACCUACUGCUCUGCGACGGUCGACAGAGAUGAAGUUAAAGUAUCGGCGAUUCACUUGAAGGUGGAAGAAACAUAGCCGCUUCAGUUACCAUUAGAGCUUCUUCGAGUUUAUUGAGGAAAUUUUUGCAAUUAGGGUUUUAGGGUUUCUGGAAUACCAUGUCAACCGGCAAGCUGAAGGACGGGGAACGUCGGCUGGUGAUCCCAAUGCCUCCCAAACCAAAACCCGAAACGCAAUUGGCCACGACUGAGUCUAACGCGCUUGUGGAAUAUACGCCGCCGGUGAAGGAGGAGGAUGAAGAUUUGGAGGUCAAGCUUCGGAGAAUCAUCGAUAAUGUUCCUGUUCGUGUCAGCAACACGUCUGGCAGCUCUGCUGGUUCUGGUUCCGGUGAUUUUCACCAGUAUCGACAAAUGAGGCGAAAAGAGCAAGACAGACUUGCUAGAAUGGAUGUUGAUUAUCAAAAAAAGAAAGAAAUAGCCGAAUUCAAUAUGAGAAGGGAAGAGAGAAUGAAAGCUGCUGAGGAGCGUACUGCAAAGAAGCGCUUAAAACGCCAAAAGAAGAAGCAAAGAAGAAAAGAAAAGAGGAGCAAAAUGAAUUCAGGUGAAGAUGAGAAUCAGAAAGAAGAAUCCUCUGAUGAUGAAGGGGAUACAGAUAAGGGUGAGGAUGAAGCAACAUGACUGGAUCUUUCCUACCUGGAAUCGAAGUUUAAAGUUUGAACUUUUCACCCCAGGCCUUUCCAGAUGAGCAUCGAACCAGAUGACAGCCACGAGUUUGCAUACCUGACAUUUUGCUGGUUUGCAAUUCCUUAUGAGCCGUUGUAGUACCUGGAUCUGUUAGCUUUUGUGAUUUUAUUGCAGGUGAGGUUGGAAGAAUUGGAUCAUUUGAAUAUAAUUCUGCUAUCUUCCCACAGGACACCACACACUCUCUCUUUCAAUUGCAUGACAACCAACGUGUACGCAGAAUAUCUAAUACAUUACAUGUUGAACAGACAGAAUUUUAGUUGUCUGAGGGAUACUCGUGGAUGUCUAUUACUUAUUUAUAUUAACUUGUUGCUUAUGAUUUAUGAACGGAAGGGAUGUAAUUCUAAGAUGAGCAGAUAUGCAAAGUUAAAGAAAUGGGAUUCAAUCCUUUGGCCGACA